UCCUCCUCCUCCGCCGCCGCCAUGCUGCUCUUCUGCCCGGCCUGCGGGAACGUGCUGGUGGCCGAGGAGGGCGCGCGCUGCCACCGCUUCGCCUGCACCACGUGCCCCUACGUCCGCAACGUCACGCGCAAGGUGACCAGCAGGCGCUACCCGAAGCUGAAGGAGGUGGACGACGUGCUGGGGGGCGCGGCCGCCUGGGAGAACGUGGACUCCACCGCCGAGCCGUGCCCCAAGUGCGAGCACCCCCGGGCCUACUUCAUGCAGCUGCAGACGCGCUCUGCCGACGAGCCCAUGACCACCUUCUACAAGUGCUGCAACCCACAGUGUGGCCACCGCUGGCGAGACUGAGCUGCGCAUCCCACACACCUUCACCCAAGGACAGACGAGACACCGUUUCCAAAAAAGGUCCCUUUAUUGACAGCCGGGCAGCC